UUUCCUCGAAUUCUGGCGGUAGCCGGAUAAUUUUAUUUUAUUAGAACAUCGGAAGAAAAAAGCUCAUUUUGCAACAGUAGGUAUGCGAACAUUUGGUAUUCAUCAGUUGUGUUGUCGUCUGUCGAGUUAAGCGCGCGUGUAAAUAAGAACUCUCAUAUAAUAAAAGCAGAUAGAUAAAAAUUCAUCUGGGUGUCUAUUUUUUUUUUAUUUAAUUUAAAUUAAAAAAUUGUGCAGAAUUGAACGAUUGUGUGAGUGCGUGUUAAACAAGAUUUUAAAAAGAAAAUAUUUUGUGCAUUCGACACACAUAUUACAUACCUGACAAAAAAUAAAAUUGUGAUUGAAAAACAAAAGUGAAAAAACCUAAACCAAUAUUGUUGAAGAUUUUCGGAAUAUCCUUUCAUCAGAACAUAACAUCUUCAUACAAAAUCAACACCUGGCCCACCGAAAAACAUGACUUCAAAUCUUCCGGCAUUUGAUCAGCUUAAGCUAGGUCUUAAGAUGGUGGACUUUAAAGUUCAACAACGACGGUAUCGAACAAAUGAAAAGACAAUUGUUAAUACAGUUUAUGGGCCUGUCAAGGGUGUCAAACGAAAAUCAAUUUAUGGUGAUUCGUAUUUUAGUUUUGAAAAAAUUCCAUUUGCAAAACCACCUUUGGGUGAACUUCGAUACAAAGCACCACAGCCGCCAGAACCCUGGACAGAAGUUAAGAGUUGUACAUCAAUGGGUCCAAAACCACUACAGAGGCAUUUUGUAUUUCAAAUGACAGAAGGCUCAGAAGAUUGUCUUUACCUGAAUGUAUACACAAAAAAUCUAACUCCAAAUAAACCAUUGCCUGUUAUGGUUUGGAUCUAUGGAGGAGGUUUUCAGUUCGGUGAAGCUUCUCGUGAUCUUUACAGCCCUGAUUAUUUACUAAGAGAAGAUGUAGUUGUGAUUUCGAUAACAUAUCGUCUGGGACCAUUUGGUUUCCUUUGUAUGGAGGACUCUAGUUUCGGUAUUCCUGGGAAUGCUGGUCUAAAGGACCAAGUUAUGGCCCUUAAAUGGGUUAAAGAAAAUUGUGCACGUUUUGGAGGUGACAGUGAGAAUAUUACUCUAUUCGGUGAUAGUGCUGGUGGUGCAUCUGUUCAUUAUAUGAUGAUAACAGAUCAGACCAAAGGCUUAUUCCAUAAGGGAAUCUGUAUGUCGGGUAAUGCUCUUUCGCCAUGGGCAGUGACACCACAGCGAAAUUGGCCCUAUAGAUUGGCUGUGACGGCUGGUUAUACUGGAGAGGACAACGAUCGUGAUGUAUUUCAAUUCCUAAUGACAGCCAAAGGAGCUGACAUUGUCAAGGCCAACGAAGACCUUUGUACAGAUGUUGAGAAAAGAGAAAGAAUAGGGUUCUCAUUUGGUCCUGUUAUUGAACCUUACAUAACAGAAGGUUGUAUAGUUCCAAAGAAACCAAUUGAAAUGAUGCGAACAACUUGGAGCAAUAGCAUACCUAUGAUCGUUGGAGGUGUAACAAAUGAAGGAUUAUUACUUUAUUCAGAUACAAAGCGAGACCCAAAACUUUUAAAUGAGCUAGGAAACUGUCGAUAUGUAGUGCCAAUCGAAUUAGAAAUGAAUCGUGAUAGUGAACUUUGCAUAGAGUAUGGCAUGCGAUUGAAAAACGCUUACUACGGUGACAAAAACCCCAGCUUAGAAACUUUGAAUGAAUAUCUUAACAUGGUGUCCCAUGAGUAUUUUUGGUUUCCGAUUUAUCGAACAGUAUUAUCUCGACUAAAAUACGCUUCGGCACCCACCUAUUUGUAUCGUUUCGAUUUUGAUUCGAAACACUUUAAUCAUUUGAGAAUAAUUAGUUGUGGCAAAAAAGUGCGUGGCACAUGUCAUGGCGAUGAUUUGUCGUAUUUAUUUUACAACUCUGUCGCAAAAAAGCUUAAAAAUCAUACAAUUGAAUAUAAGACUAUUGAAAGACUGGUUGGCCUAUGGACUCAUUUUGCUGCAGAUGGUAAUCCUAAUUUUGAUCCAACAGCCACAGAGCAAUGGAUGCCUGUGAGUUCGGAAGAUAAAACUCUAAAGUGCCUUAAUAUAGCUGAUAAUUUGCAAGUUAUUGAUAUACCUGAGUUACAUAAAUUAAAGGUUUGGGAAAGUUUCUUUAAGGAGAAUGAACUGCUUUGAAAUGACGAGCGUGAUAAAAGCAUAUUUUGUGAUGAAAACAAUAUCAUCAUGUGAACAGUACAUUAUGAUGUACGGUCUUUUACUUUGUGAGAGUUAUUAGAUAUCUAGAUAUAUAUAUAUUUUUAAUGAUGAUGAUGAUGCAAUCAAAUUGCUUAAAUUACUCUUUUUACUAUCCAAAUUGAAGGACUUUUACUUUAACUAUUCAAUUAACUCCAAUUAUUCUUUUUAAAAUGUGAUUUUUAUUUUACAAUGUUCUUCAAUUCGGAUAGCUUGAAAAUUGUUUUGAUUUUCGCAUGCACUGAAAGACGCUGAGAAAGCACAUAAAAAUGUUCAUUAUAUUUAUUUUUAUAAAAUUUAAGUAAGACCCUAGCAGAGCUUUACACAAAAAUAAAUAAUAAAAAAACAAAGAACAGGGAGGUGGCCUUGCCGCACUUAACUGAUCCAUUAAUAUAGGUACCUAUAACUAUACUUUUUUGUAGCCUGUGUUAUAGUAGUUUUGUUAAAAAAAAUAAAUUUAUCAGAAAUUUGAAAGAGAUUUUUAUAUAUUUACCUUCCCGAUAAAAUAAAUAUUAUACAUAUGAGAGUGUUAAAUAUUUAUAAAUAUAUAGUAUAUUUAAAAAAGCAAAAAUCAUACAUAUUACUUUAUACCUAAUAUUUACUAUAUACUUUGCAAAUAAGUUUAUAAAAGAGUUGUUUUUUUAAUAGAUAUUUAUUUAUGUAAAAAUAUAUAUUUAUAUAUAUUUUAUGAUAUAAGAAUAUUUUUGCCAUAACUGUGUAUAUAACUAUAUGUAUAUACAUACCUAAUAUUAAUAAAAAAAAAUAUUUUAUUGACUUUUGUGUAUGUGUAAUUUGAAAGUUAUACGCUGACGCUGAUGCAUAUUCCAUUAUAUGCAAUUCCUCGUUGCGUACAUAGAAUGAUAUAAAUUUUGUAUGAAAACAUGUAUAUUUAUUUUUGUGAACUAGUCCUAGUCUUUUGAAAUAUUACCUUCUUUUUAUUUUAUUUUAUGAACAAUAUAAAUAAAUAUACUGUUUUUUU